AUGCCAGGCCAAACAUCCCAGAAACGUGCCCUCCCCGCCGUCAUGAUUGUCGGUGGUGGACUCGGAGGCCUCUUGAUGGCCACGCUCCUUGAGCGAGCCGAUAUUCCCUACCACAUCUACGAACGCGCCGGUGAACUGCGUGCCCUUGGAUCCAUCAUGACGCUUGGUGCCAACGUACUACCGGUCUUUGAGCAAUUGGGUUUGUUGGAGGAGUUUGAGCGCAUCUCAAAGCCGGUUCCUUCUUUGGACUUUUAUACCUCGGACAUCCAGAAACUGGGUUCCCUCGACCUCAAAGAGUUCAAAGCUGCCUCCGGAUACUCGAACUACAUCUUUGCACGACCAAGGCUAUACGAGAUGCUCCGCAAACAGGUCCCUUCGCACAAGGUCAGCCUCAAUAAACGUGUCGUACGUAUUGAGGAGACGCACAACAAGGUUACGAUCUUUUGUGAGGAUGAGUCGUCAUACAGCGGUGAUAUCCUUAUCGGAGCCGAUGGUGCCUACAGUAGUGUGCGCCAGAGCAUAUUCAAGCAGAUGGAUGAGAGAGGUCUGUUGCCGGCCUCGGAUUCGGAGAACCUGUCGAUUGGGUUCAUCAGCAUGGUCGGUGUAUCACAUCCAAAGAACCCAGAAAAGUACCCCCAGUUACAGGAUACCCUUGGACAUUAUUCCCAAGUCCUCGGCAACGACUCUCGUGCCUGGGGAGUGUUCAGUGCUGCAGACAACCAGAUCAGCUGGAUGUUGAGCUCGCAGCUCACAGCGGAGGAGGCGAAUGAGAAGCGGUUCUCGAACGCUGAGUGGGGCCCUGAGGCAAACCAGGCCAUGCUCAAUGAGUUUGCGGAUAUGGCCUGUCCAUGGGGCGGCAAGAUGAGCGAUAUUUUCGAGGACACACCCAAGCAUCUUAUUUCCAAGGUAUUCUUGGAAGAAAAGAUGUUCAAGACAUGGUACUAUGGCCGCACUGUCCUGAUGGGAGAUGCCUGCCACAAGAUGUUCCCAGGCGCUGGACAAGGCGCUGUAAAUGCAUUCCAAGACGCGGUUGUGCUUGCGAACUGUCUGUACGUGAUGGAGGAUAAGGACCCUAACACGAUCACGGCAGCAUUCCAGGAAUACUAUCGUCAGCGUUUUGAUCGUGCUAAUUAUCAGUAUAACCAGAGUAGUUAUAUGUCCAAGACGCAGAGUGGCCAGACGUGGGCAAACCGAGCGCUGCGCUACGCGUUCCUGAACUACACGCCGACGGUGUUCCAACGGACGCUCUACCGCUGGACAUGUGAGUACCGCCCUCUGGUCUCGUGGUUGCCGAUGAUUGAGAACCGUGGCACGGUACCUGUGCUGCCUCAGCAAGGACCCACGAAGCUGGUGGUUGAGAAGAGUGUGGCGCUUUAA